UUGUCAAUUAAAUGAGAGCAGCUGAAAUAUAAAAACGUAAAUAAAUGAUAAGUGGAUAAAUAUGGAAUGUGCAGAUCGGGAAGCAGACCGCCUUGUCAAGGACAUUUUUACCAAGGUUGAUAAAUGCCUUACCGAUGAAGAAAAAAGUCGUUUGAAGGCACAAGACAAUCGUCUGGUGCCGGAAUUUAAAGCAAAGAAACUUGAAGAACAAGCUCAACGUCAUUGGGAUAUAUUUUACAAAAGAAAUGAGACUCACUUUUUUAAAGACCGCCGUUGGACAACACGUGAAUUUGAGGAAUUGUUGGAUUUUGAAGGCGAAACCCGUAAUGUAAAAAUUGGAUGCAGUAAUAAACAGCGGCUUUUGUUUGAAGUGGGUUGUGGAGUAGGGAAUUUAAUAUUUCCAUUAAUAGAGGAACAACUAGAGCAAAAAMAGGAAAGAAAUAGUUCUUGGUUUUAUUAUGCUUGUGACUUUUCGCCUCGUGCUAUUGAUUUUGUGCAAUCAAAUCCACUGUACGAUGAGCAGCGUAUACACGCUUUUCAAUGUGACAUUACCACUGAACAAAUAUACGCACAUAUCCCGGAGAGCUCUUUGGAUAUUGUAACAAUGAUAUUUGUAUUAUCUGCAAUACAUCCGAAUAAAUUUGGUAUUGUUAUAGAAAAUAUUUACCGCUUACUGAAAUCUGGUGGUAUAGUGCUUUUUAGAGAUUAUGGACGCUACGAUAUGGCACAAUUGCGUUUCAAACCAGGCAACAAAAUAGCAGAGAAUUUUUACAUGCGACAAGAUGGAACAAGAAGUUACUUCUUUGCAGAGGGUGAAUUGGCAUCAUUAUUUACAGACUCUGAAAGGUUURAAGUUGUUGAAAAUUCUUAUGUGCACAGACGUACGUUAAAUAUCAAAGAAGGUAUAGAUGUGCCUCGCAUUUUCUUACAAUCCAAGUUUCGUAAGAGAUAAUUGUAAAUACUACAUUACCAUGGAUAUUUGUUUCAAUCAUUGGGARUCAUUUAUUAGUUGUAUUCUUUUAAUUUAAUAUUAGAUAACAUCUUUUUGAUAACAUGGAAUAAAUACAUUUAAAUAUAGUAUAUAUAA